GCGACCGCCGCGCUGCGAGCCCCAGUGCUACCGGGGAAGCAGUCCAGUCUAGCGCAGUCUGCACACCACUGGCACCAAGGAAGACUUCUGCAAUGGGCGGCGAAUCUGACGGCGGCGGUGAGGGCCAAGUGGUGCUGGUGACAGGAGGCAGCGGCUUUCUGGGACAGCAUCUGGUGCGCGAGCUGCAGCGUGAUGAGACGGUGGCCGAGAUCCGUGUGCUGGAUCUCAAGAAGUACCACUGCCGUCUGGAGUGCGACCAGCGUGUGGCGGUGUGCAGCUUCGUGGCGGACGUGCGUGACGCCGAUGCCUGCAGGCUGGCCUUCCGCGGCGCCGGCGUCGUCUUCCACUGUGCAGCACUCGUCGACUACAGCUUCCCGCCCGACUACGACGCGCUGCACCAGCACAACGUCAAAGGCACGGAGACGGUGGUGCGGCUGUGCGUGGAGGAGGGCGUGGCGCGGCUGGUGCUGGCCAGCACGGCCGAGGUGUGCCUGACGCCGUACCUGGGCGCCGCCGCCGGCCUCAGCUUCUCGCUGCUGGUCAACCAGACGGAGAGCCGCGCCGCUGCGCCCGCAGUGGGCGACCUGCCGGGGCCGGACGCGGAGCGCGGCCUCAUCGCGCCGGGCUACGCCGCCUCCAAGCUGCGCGCCGAGAGGCUGGUGCUCGCGGCCGACGGCACGCCGCUGCCCUCAGGCGGCGUCCUCAGGACGGUGGCGGUGCGGCCGACGCUGCUGUACGGGGAGCUGGACCCGCACCUGCUGCCGCCGCUGCUGCGCGUCGCGCGGGCCUGCGACGGACGGCUGCCGCUGCUUGCUGGGGCGGGGGGCCGACAGCAGGUCACCUACGUGGGGAACGCGGCGUGGGCGCUGGUGUGCGCUGCGCGGGCGCUGGCGUCGCCGCAGCCGGCGGUGCUGAGCGCGGCGGGGCUUCCCCUGUUCGCGACGGACGACACGCCGCCCGUCGACCUGCUGCGCUUCUGCGCGCGCGUCACGGCGCGCCCGGACGGCCGGCUGCGCUUGCGCGUCACGUCGCUGUACCUGCCGGCGCCGCUGGCCUACCUGGCGGCCGCGGCGCUGGAGGGCGCCCUGUCCCUGCUGCAGCUGCGCGCUCCCGUGUCGCCGCGCGCCGCCGUCGCCUACCUCAACUCCGUGGUGCUCUUCUCGCGCCUGCGCGCCGCCCUCUGCACCAAGUACGAGCCCAAGUACUCGGCCGCCGACGCGCUCGCACGCGCCAACAAGUGGUACACGCGCGACAAGCUGUGAGGUCGCCUCGUCACACGAUCGACUUCGUAGCCUCGGUCGUCUACAGUGACACUUAAACGUGGCAGCCGCCCGAGCGCAUAAAGAACUUAGACUUGGUUCUGACUUGUACAGGGUGAAAAUUAUUUAAACCGACAAACUCUCGGAGGUUGUAGGGGACAUCAAAACAAAUAUUUUCCCCUAAUGUCAUUUUUUCCUAUGAGGAUUAUUUAAACCGAUGGAGGCUGUAUUACGCUCUUCAGUUUUUAGAGGCCGUAUUACGAUCUUCAGUUGUAGGCAAGUGCUGUCCACCAGUGUAGUAGUGCAUUGUCUCUGUUUACUAAUGAAGCGAUACACCUGGAGCGAGUACACUGAUAUGGUUGGUGCGUAAUACGUAGUGUACCAUAACGGACGAGCUGCACAGCACGUCUAUCAACAACAAUAUCCUAAUCGCCGUAUCCUGCAUCAUACGACCUUUGCUGCUGUGUAGCAACGUCUGCGUGAGACCGGGUCAUUUAGCAUAUUACCUGGACAGGGACGCCGUCGCACAGUAAGAACGCUGCAAUUUGAGGAAGCUGUCUUGCAGCGUGUGGAGCGGGAUCCUUCAAUCUGCACUCGUGCAAUUGCACGUAACAUGGGGACGAAUCAGAUGAAUGUAAGAACAGUGCUUCGAGAGCAGUUGUCACGUCCAUUUCACUUACAGCGUGUCCACAACGUGGAACCAGUUGAUUAUCCACCCAGAGCAAAGUAUUCGCAGUGGCACCUGAAACAGUGUGAAACGCAUCCUACAUUUCCAUCCUCUGUAUUGUUUACCGAUGAAGCAACGUUCGGGCGUGAUGGAGUUUUCAACAUGCACAAUUCGCAUGUUUGGAGCCAGGAAAACCCACAUGCCACAGUUACUAGCGCUCAUCAAGUGGGGUUCUUCGUCAUUGUUGUUGGGGACUGUUUAAUUGGGCCUAUCUGCUACCUAGGCCAUUAAAUGGCAGGCACUAUUACAAUUUUCUCGCCUGAGCACUGCCAGAAUUGCUGGAAGACGUCCCGCUCCCUAGAAGACAACGCAUGUGGUUCCAACAUGACGGGGCGCCGGCACAUUUUAGCCGUCGUGUGCGUCGAUCCCUGGAUCGACGGUUCCCAGAAACGUGGAUUGGCAGAGGUGGUCCUGUACCAUGGCCUGCUCGAUCCCCAGAUAUGUCCCCUCUGGACUUUUUUGUGUGGGGAGAGGUGCGCAACCUUGUUUACGCAAGCCCUGUUGCAUCAGAAGAUGAUCUGGUUUACGCAACCCCUGUUGCAUCAGAAGAUGAUCUGGUUGCCCGGAUAGUAGCAGCAGCAGGAACAGUUGAGGAUACUCCUGGGGUUUUUGCCCGUGUCAGACAGAACACGAUCCGACGGUGUAACCUUUGUUUAUGUGUCAGUGGAGGUAUUUUUGAAAAUCUACUGUAAUUGAAAUUGGGUUGUGUUAACGUGUUGUCUCUUCGUCAUAAAAAAAUGGAAAAGUGUUUGUUGGUUUAAUUAAUU